AUGCCUCUCAAUAUUGAUGACCAAAAAGAUUUCGGAGAAGUGGAUAAAACGAGUGAGUUCGAGUCUGGAAAUGGCUUGCAAUCCAUUACCAGUAUCGAGCAGGUGUCGCUGGCCGAGUUGGACGACAGCAGGAAUGGAAAAUUCCAUCGCUCCUUCACUCCCCGGCAGAUUCACAUAAUCUCUCUGGGGUCCAACAUCGGCAGCGGCGUCUUCCUGGGCACGGGUAAAGCCUUAGCAAACGGAGGUCCUGGCUUCAUGGUCAUCGCAUAUUUUUUGGUCUGCUCGUGCAUCUGGGCCGUGUUACAGACUCUCGGAGAGAUGACCAUUGCCUUUCCGACCAGCGGCAACUACAUCGACUAUGCGGACCGCUGGGUUGACCCUGCCCUGGCUUUUGGCGCUGGCUUUGCUGAAUGGUUGGGCUGGGUUGCCGUUGUUGCCCUCGAAGCAAUAUUCUUUGAUAUCUUCGUGCAGUAUUGGGCUCAAGGAGCUCUGCCAAUGCCGGCGUCAAUCACGAUAUUUCUUGUGAUUGUCCUAGUGAUAUUCCUGCUUCCGAACAAGGCUUUCGCUUGGUUCGAGUACGUCACGUCAGUAAUCAAGAUCUUCCUCUUUCUUUUGAUCAUUGUCUUGUCACUUGCAAUCGUCUGUGGCGCUGGUCCUGGGGGCUAUGUGCAUGACGGAGCGUAUUGGCGAGAUUUACCUGCGUUCAAGAACGGGUUUACGGGAUUCGCAAAUUGUGCGCUGUUGGCCGUUGCGGGCGUUGGCGACCAAGUCUUUAUCGGAAUUAUGGGUGGCGAGGCAGCAUCUCCACGCUUUAGUAUGGCUCAUGCCACUAAACUCGUGCCAUUCCGAGUCAAUUUUGUCUACAUGACGAGUGUGGUUUUCAUCACACUCUUAGUAAGAUCUGACGACGAGCGUCUUCUGGGAGGAUCCAGCGUCACUGCUUCUCCAUUUGUAAUUUCAAUUGCCGACGCCAACAUCCCAGGUGUCCCAGACCUAAUAAACGCGGCCAUGAUCACUGGUAUCCUCGCAAUUGCAGCCGAAUCAGUCUAUCUUUCCUCUCGAAUCGUGCGAGAAAUGGCACACAAGCGCCUGAUCCCAGAGGUCAUCGCCAGGGUUGACAGUCAAGGUCGCCCUCGAUGGGCACUGGUCAUUACGUGCGGGGUGGCAGUCUUCUUGAGCUACCUGAGCCUGAGCUCGGGCGGAUAUGAGCUAUUCAUCUGGCUUGUCAACAUAUCAAGCUCAGCCUACUUCAUCAACUGGAUAAUCAUCUCCUUCACCUCCUGGCGAUUCCACCAGGCUCUCCGUGCCCAGAACGACCCGCUGUUCCAGCAAGUCUACGCCUGGAAAUCUAUCUCCUGGCCUCUGAUGCCAAUUUGGAUGAUGGUGAUCUCCAUCCUUCUCGUCGCCUGCUGCAUCACGGCCGGUGUAAACCCCCUAGGCGGAGGCGGGUUUACCGCCUACACCUUUUUCCAGUACAUCAUUGGACUUUUAAUCAUUGUAGGCUUCACGCUGGCGUAUAAGUUGAUCAUGCGCACGCCUUGGCGCGAUCCAAAGACGGCAGAUUUGACGACUGGCCGGAGAAUCUUGACUGCGCAGGAGAUCAAGUACCUUGAUGAUUAUUACGCUAUGCCGAAGUGGAGACGGUUUGGGACUUAUGUCCAGCUCUGGUGA